ACCACUCAGUACCACUGGAGGUGGUAGUAGAGUGGUGCUGGCUGGCGUGCGUUCUCCAUGCCUCCCUCACCACGUCGUCUCUCCCUGUCACACAUUUACAGCCCUCGCUUUCUAACUAGCUCCCCUCAUCUUCCUCCCUCCCGCCACCUGCUAAGCUAGCUAGCUUCCUCCAUCCCCUCUCUCAUCCGUCUUGCGCUAGCUGCGGCCUGCGGCUACUCACCUCAUCUUCCUCGCUCUGCUGGCUAGCUAGCUGCUUCUUGGACCGCUAUAUAUAGCUCUCUCGCCUCGGCUGCUGCUCCCACUCACCUGCACCAGAAAGCAAGCAACAACAAGCUAGCAGCAGCAGCUACACUCAACCAACUGUCCUACUAGCUAAGCUAAGCUAAGCUAAGCUAUAUCUCCUACAGCUCGGUACGUACGUACGUACGUACAUAAGCGCGAGCAUGUCGUCGAGCAGCCGGAGGUCACGCACGCGGCGCGGCGGGAGCUCGCCGUCGAUCUCGGAGGAGCAGAUCUCCGAGCUGCUGUCCAAGCUGCAGGCCCUGCUCCCGGAGUCGACGCAAGCCGGCAAUGGCGCUCACAGGGGCUCGGCGGCGAGGGUGCUGCAGGAGACGUGCAGCUACAUCCGGAGCCUGCACCGGGAGGUGGACGACCUCAGCGAGACGCUCGCCGCGCUGCUCGCCUCCGACGCGGUCACCGACGAGCAGGCCGCCGUCAUCAGGAGCCUCCUCAUGUGACCCUCCCAUCGGCCGGCGCACACGUACGCCCACCAACAAGCUCUCCGCCGGCCGCCGGCGCAUGCGUCCGUGACAUGCACCGUCGCCGUUAGAUGAUACUACGAGCGAGCGAGCGAGCGAGCUAGCAUGCCUGAUUGGCUAGUGUGCAAGCUAGUGUACGUACGUACGUGCGUGCGUGCAGGCCUUUUUUCCCUGAGGCUUUUGCGUUUGCUUGGUCAGUUAAUUAAUUAAUCUGCUUGAUUAGUUCGGGAUUGGAUUGCGAGAGGUUUGUAGCUAGAUUGCAGCUAGCCAGCAUUGCCUGCCGGUGCCGGGCAUGGCUGGACAGCAAUUAGCAACGAUAUGAUGAUCGGUGGUUUUAAUUACACGAGAUGCUGGCACUGUGCGGUACACCGCCGGUAUCUAUCCAGCCAGUGGCAGAGCGAUCGAGCGAGAGGCCGGCUUGGCAUCACGCUAGCUGCUGUACGCUGAAAGGCUAAUGCGUGUUGCCUAGUGCUUUGUUGAUUAGCUUGGUACUUAAUUGACUCUUGAUUAAGAUCGGUCGAUUGUUUUCCUGAUUAUGGGCCACGCUUGAUAAUUGCAGCCAGCGCUCUUGGAUAUGUAUGUAUGCAUACGUGUGCUGUGUCUUGUGUAUACUAGUACUACUCAAAUAGUGUGUUGUGUACGCUUUAUCAUCUGAGCUCAUUAAUUCUGGAGCACAAUUAGCUAGCUAGGGCCACGAUUUGUACCCUCGGAAGAUGGUGCCUUAAGAAAUGAAUAUUAGGGUAUAGUAUUUGAUUCA